AUAGACAACCAUCAACACUCGGUUCAAGAGUGUGUAUAUAAAGAGCAGGGAGAACUCCUCAUCAUCACUGCAUCGCUCGGCUCAUACCUGAAACACUUUGCUUCACAUUUACCUGACAGAACUCACCGUUGUUCAUCACCAUGAAGACUCUCCUGGUGCUCUCCGUUCUCCUCUGCGCUUCAUUUGCAGCUCCGGCUGAAGACAAAGUGAAGGCUCCAGAAGCAGCAGUGGAGGCCCUGAAGGAACAGAUAGUAGCUGUACAUGCACCUGAGGAGGCAGCAGCACCUGAAUCUCGUUAUAACUUCUGUCCAAACGGCUGGUUCAGCCAUGGCUCUCGCUGCUUCCUGUUCGUCAGUACUCCCAUGACCUGGUACAGCGCUGAGGAGCACUGCAACAAUCUGGGUGGCCACCUGGCCUCGGCCACCAACCCCAGAGAGUACAGCUUCCUCCAGCAGAUGACACAGACAGCUGGUCAGAGCAUCGCAUGGAUGGGAGGCUUCAGCCUGCAGGGCCGGUGGAUGUGGAUUGACCGUGAGGGUUUCUAUUACACCAACUGGUACUCCCAGUCCUCCUCCAGCAGCUACCCCUGCAUCCACCUACGCAGCUCCUAUGGUUGGGGUAACACCCAGUGUGGCUCUGCUUACCGCUUCAUCUGCUCCAAGAACCCUUUCAGCUGUUAACAUACAUUCUAAACAUCUGAGGCCUUGGAACGGAUCAGCUGGUGUUUAUUUACUGUUUAAGGACAACUCAUGAGUUCUGUUGAGUGUCUUACUGAAUGAUAGAUUUCUAUUGUGUAUUCUUCAAAGCGUGAAAAUGACGAAGUGUUAAGUAACUUUGGUGUCAAAGAUUUUUGUGUUUGUGAUUGUGACAGUUGGUUCUUUCCCAUAAUAAAGACUUAUGAGAAUAGG